AUGGCUAAUGAGGAGAGUUUUGUCGUCUUGGUUCACCACAGAGGAUCGAUUAAGAGAAAAAUAGGAUCCGGUGUGAAGUUCACUGAUAAGGAUUCUCUCAGUAUUUUCGUGAGGCCUAUGACCAGCUAUGAUGAUCUUGUUAGUUCUGUUCUACGGAAACUUGGUCUAGAAGGCGUGAAACGUAUUAAGAACUUUUUCUAUCGCAUUCCAAUCUCGGUCCUCCAAGAAAUCGUGAAAUAUGAUUGUUUUACGAUCGGUAGGGAUGAGGACUUGCAGGUCCUGUUUCAUUGUCACAGGCAGUUUCGCGAAGUGAGGACACCAGAACUGUUGGUGAAGUUGGUUGACGUGGUAUCCAGCUCGGGGGGUUUGAACCGGAAUACUCCCACUGUAGCCACGGUAGUCGGUUCUAACUCCAGACCUGCGGGUGCAUCUUCCUCCGUCCCUGUGUAUGAACUUCCGGUCCAGCCUGUCGCCUCCCCUUUGUUCGUAGUGGAUCUCAAUGGAAGUGGAGGUGGGGAGGUUGGAAUAGGGGAUUAUGUGCCGACCCCUUUACAGUGUGCUGCACCGGUUGGUGUUGGAGAUGCAUUGUUGGAUGAUUCAGAGGACGACGAUGUGGAGCCAGAUAUUAUUGGUGAUGACAGUGGCGAUGAUAUUGGACCGAGUGAGCCUGCUGGUGCGGGAGGUGGUUCUAGUUCUAGCACACAGCAGUACCCUCCAUAUUUUUCAUCUUUGGACUUGGAUGCCAUGAGAGAUGCGGAAGGGACUGCAAGGGUAACAGAGUUUCAGGUUGGUCAGCAAUUUCAGGACAAAGAUAAGGCAAUGAUAAGUGUGAAGACUUACAGCAUCCGACGCAGGGUACAGUACAAGGUGGUGGAGUCUGAUUAUCGCCGGUAUAUUGGGAAGUGUUCUGAGUUUGGGAAUGGGUGCACAUGGUUGAUUCGGCUUAGUCUCCGGCAGCGCAAGGGUAUUUGGGAGGUCAAACAGUACAAUGGACCACAUACGUGUCUAGCAACCUCCAUUUCCGGCAUACGUGUCUAG